CAAUACAACUAUUAGUCGAAUAAGACAUGGGAGAGAUGCCGAUUUUUUGGCAAAGAGAUGUAUUGAUAGACUAAUCCACUUGAAUCAAAUAGUCAAACCGAAAACUGCAGACAUUACGAGUGCCACCCCCGCGAUCAAAACGCCAUUGAAAAUACAAUGAAACGCAGCCUAACGUGAUCAUUGACAUCUGCCUUGAAGGACACAAAUAAAAAAUGCUUUCUGCUACUAAGAUCAGUGAAAUGUAGGCUAAACUGACAACGGAGUAAAGAGCAGAAAUCUCAACUAGCAAGCAAGUCGCAGCAAUUAAGAAUUGAGUGUGUGCGCGUUCACGUAAAGGGGGAUUCUGGCAAGGGGGAGAUUUUCUGCACAAUACCUGUUACUUGCAAAGAGAGAGGGUGGAGCUCUUCAUUCCGCUUCUGAUCAUUGUUCAAUCUUUUCUCUCAACAGCCCUGGCGAGCACUGUAACUGUUGGAAGACGUGCAUGUGACUACCCUGCUGUGUUUAUAACCUCCGUGGACGGGGAAGGUGACAGCAGCAUGGUGGCCAAGGAUUACCCCUUUUACCUCGUCGUGAAGAGGAUGAACUGUUCACUGGAGGUGCAGACAGUCCGCAGCAACAUCCAACCGGCUAAGGAAGUGGAGGAGCCCUGUAACAAGCGGGUGAAGCCUCUUUCUCGGGUUACGUCGCUGGCCAACCUCAUACCUCCAGUCAAGGCUGCACCUCUGAAGCGGAUCGGACAAACACUGCAGCGUUCCAUCAGCUUCCGCAGUGAGAGUCGGACAGAGUCGGUCAUGCCUCCCAGACCAUGGACGCGGCCGGCCCCGCCUGCCAACACCAAGCGGCGUGACAGCAAGCUGUGGAGCGAGACCUUUGACGUGCGGCUUGGACACCAGAUGCUGUCGUCCAAGGAGAUCAAUCGCCAAGAGGCGAUCUUUGAGCUUUCUCGAGGGGAGAAGGAUCUCGUUGAGGAUCUGAAGCUGGCCAAGAAGGCGUACCAUGACCCAAUGCUGAAACUGUCCAUCAUGACAGAACAUGAGCUCAACCAGAUCUUCGGAACCCUGGAAUCUCUCAUUCCACUGCAUGAAGAUCUGCUGAGUCGACUGCGAGAGGCCAGGAAACCAGACGGCUCCACAGAACAUGUGGGACACAUCCUAGUGGACUGGCUUCCCUGUCUAGACUCCUACAACUCAUACUGCAGUAAUCAGGUGGCAGCCAAGGCUCUGCUGGACCAUAAGAAGCAGGACCACCGGGUGCACGACUUCCUGCAGCGCUGCCUGGAGUCGCCCUUCAGCCGGAAGCUGGACCUGUGGAACUUCCUGGAUAUACCCAGGAGCCGGCUAGUCAAAUACCCCCUGCUGCUCAGGGAGAUCCUCAAACACACGCCGAACGACCAUCCAGACCGACAGUACCUGGAUGAGGCAAUCAACAUGAUCCAGAGCAUCGUGGCAGAGAUCAACACCCAGACGGGCGAGUCAGAGUGUCGUUUCUACAAGGAACGUCUCCUCUACCUAGAGGGCAGCCAGAGAGACCUACUCAUUGACAGCUCCCGCAUCCUCAGCUGUCACGGGGAACUGAAGAACAACAGGGGUGCUAAGCUGCAUGUGUUCCUUUUCCAGGACGUGCUGGUCAUCACUAGAGCCAUCGCCCACAAUGAGCAGCUGUACUACCAGCUGUACCGCCAGCCCAUCCCCGUCAGAGAGCUGCAGUGGGAGGACCUGCAGGACGGGGUGAUACGCCUGGGAGGCUCCAUCAGAGGAGCCUUCAGCAACAACGAGAGGACCAAGAACUUCUUCAGAGUGUCGUUUCAUAGCAGUAGCCAGCUCCACUCCCACUCCUUCCAAGCCAGCGAUGCCUUCAACAAACAGCAGUGGCUCAACUGCAUUCGACAGGCCAAAGGAGCUACUGAGUCGGCCAUUGGGGUUGUGGGUUUGGGGAUUCCUGUCGGGGUGGAAACCAGUAUCAGUGACCCAGAGCCCCCUCCAAACCUACUCAGCCCCCAUGGCCCUCUGAGCCCUACAACACCUCCCCUCUCAGGACCACUGGCCCCCCAGCCAAAAAGCAUGGACCAUUGCGACAGUGACUCGUCUGUCGACUCUCCAGGCUGUAGCAUGGACAUGGACACAAGCGAGGCUUUGGCCUCCCCCACAGGCUGCCCUGAUGGACCAAACAGACUCUAGUAGUAGCAGGCCAUCAGAAGUGUGACCUUCGGGGUGUCAUGGCCUCUCUGGGCUAGAGGCUAAACCUUGGCAGUAUUGGUGGCAACAUGGCAAUGCUCCCUAUAUACGGGAGGGAAGAAAUACACUGUGGAAAAUUGGAGCACUUUUUAAAAUUCUAUCCACUUUUUUCAUUUGUUAGUUUUCUUUGUUGCUGAACUUGGAAGAAAAACAACUCUCAUUCUCUCUUGAGCAUCUUUCUAUGAGACUGUGGUGUUGUCUGUAGCAGUGACAACCAUGUAUCUUAGCUGUGACUGUCAGGUCUACUGUGGAUGUCUACCUGGAGAGGAGGGAAGGCAGACAUGACUGGGACCACAGGACUGUAUUUUUGUUGUCUCUCCUGGUCUGACUCUGGGCCUCUAGAGACACUGCAAUCACACGUUAUCCCACUGCAGUACUACUGUGGCCUCCCAGAGCUAAGAGAAUACACUGAUGACAUUCUCUAAAAUAUAAAUGCAACAUUUUAAUGUUCCAUAUGCACAAAUUUGUUCACAUCCCUGUUAGUGAGCAUUUCUUCUUUGCAAAGAUAAUCCAUCCACC